AAAAAAAAAAAAAAAGAAAAGAGGGAGGAAGUUAAUUUCCCAACGAACAAGACUUUCUUCCACUUGAAUACAGUAAGACCAAAGUGAACUUACCCAGCCAUUCCUUUGAGUCUGCCAACUUCACACAGGGUGCCCUAUGCUCCCACCAGGAUUUUGUACAAGAGAUUGUACAGUUUAACAUAUCAAAACCUCCAAGCACAUUGAGUGAUUAAACCCACCGAAAUGGGUCAGAGUAAAAAACGCACAUCCAUACAAGUUCCAUUUUCCUACAUAAGAUUUCUUUUAUAUAAAAUUUCAUGCUUGGAGCACACACCUUCCUGGGAACAAGAAUCACACAAGACUACAUUAGAUGCCAAUCUUGGGUUCCUCCACUGUCUUCUCUGUGUCUACCAUGACACUUAAACGUACCCAUUAUACUUACCUUUUUGUUUCCUUUACCUCCAUGUUGGACUGUAGGCUUCCCAAAGAGAAAUACAUUUUUUCCCCCUGCAUCCCAAAUGCUGAGCACGUUAUAGCCACAGAAAUACUUGCUGAAUAAACAGAGGACUAGGUGUUUCAGGAUUUCUCCUACUAGGAUCUCAGGCUGCUCUAGGAAGUUCUAACUGGGAUUUCUCAGUGCUCCUCCUGGGUGUCUGGGGUUAUUGCCUUAAACCGCAGCAGUUCCCAGAGGAGAGGGCCAAACAGAAGCUGAGCCUCUAGCUCCUUCCUCUGCACUGGUCUCCUGGAUGGCCGCAGACUGUUUGUUUCUUAGUUUAAGCACCCACAGGUCAUUCUGCUCUGAGGUUGCUCAAGUUUUAGACACCAGCACCAGAAAGCAAGGAUAAAGAUAAGUGAAGCGUCUGGGUGUCUUGUCUUGCCAGGCUCAGUACAAGUGUUUAUCAACCUUACUCACUGGAGAAAGAAGGUGAGGAGGCUCUGGGUGGGCUCUGGCCCCUGCCCCAGCUUUAACAGAGCAGUUGUGCUGUGAUCUGUUUAUGUUGUUCUGCCCUGUUGGGGACAGGAGCACCUUCUCUUAAAACAGACAGUUGAUUGUCUCUCUUCCCUGGCUCUCAGGAUGGCACAGUAUGGCAUCCUGGCCUCAAAGGAGGCCAUCCCAGUGUGCCUUUCUCUAGUCAUUGGGGAAAUGGUCAAAAAGCAAACUGAAGAUGGCUAUUUAGUCAGUGACGCCAGGCCAAUGCCUGAGGCUUGAAAAAAAAUGUGGAAAGUUCCUUGCAAGGAAAGGAGCAGGCCCAGAGGGAGGCAUUCAAAUAGCAAACAAGGGGAAUAGCUAGCAAGGGGUCCAAAUGGUAUUUACAGAGGUGUUUCUUAUGUAAGAGACUGAGAGACAGGGGAGGUCUCUGCUUCUGUUCAUCCUGGAUUUCCAAUGGGCUGAAGUCUGAUUAGUGGACUAGGGUAGACCUUGCUGUGGCCAGAGACUCUAACUGAGGCCUGCCCUUGCCCUUGAUACAAAGGAACAGACACCAAGGGCCCAGGUCCUUGUAACUCACAGGAUCUCGAGGGAAGAGGAGCUAUCAGAGUCACCCGUGCCUCUCUAUCACUUGUAUCUGAUAGAAUGAGAUGCGCUACCAUUAGGCGGACAAUAUCUGUAUGAAUCCAGAGUUCCCGGUGAGAAGUCCACCCUGGGGAUGUAGAUGUGGUAGUUCUCAGACUGGGUGAGACAACCUGAAGAGGAAAUACGGAGUGGAUGAGCUGCAUCAUUCAGCUCAGCCCGGGUGACACAGUCAUGAAGUGGACGAUUGCCUCUAUUUAACCACUCCUUGUGAACGGCCAUGGCUGGUAGCAAGGAACCAAAGGUCUCGGGAAAACCAUGAGCAGGGUUUUAGCCCCUCCGGAGCAGAUGCCUCACUGACCGACUGCUGCUGCCUUUGCCUGAUGGCCUUCAUUGGAAAUAGGAAUCCCUUCUCCCUGUGAGAUGUGUGUAUCAAGCUGUAAUAGACCUAAUUCACCUUGCACACCUUUCCGUUCAAUUUUAUCUCUGCCUCUUACUUUAAUUUGCAGAUGGCUUUCUUUUUGACCUUUCUGUGAAACAACUUUAAUGGCACAACUCAAUUCUCACCCAGGAGGGGUGGUAAAUUGCCAAGUCCUCUGAAAAAGUCAUGGAAGACUCCCAUGUACAGCAUCUGGGCAGGGCCGGGGAGCCUCACCCCGUAAUGAAGCCAGAGCCCCAGUGAGGUGGUCUGGGAAUUUGAUCCCUGUGUCAUAUCAGUGCUUGCUUUUCCAAUCCCAUCUUACCCAGGAUACGCUAGGUGUGGGCCAGCCCCCACCCCGGCCUGACCAGAGACCAUGGAUCCUGGAGCUGGGUCCGAGUCAUCUCUGACUGUCAAUGAGCAGGUCAUCGUGAUGUCAGGCCAUGAGACCAUCCGAGUGCUAGAAGUUGGCGUGGAUGCCCAGCUCCCUGCUGAGGAGGAGGGCAAAGGACCAGAGGGCGUGGCUGCUGAGCACUCCCAGGGAGGGGGCCAUGCUGAAGCCAGUGAAUCUGCUGGUGAAGCUGGGCCAGGCAACCCAGAACUCUCCACGGAGUCAACUGUGAAGUCAAUCCCCGGGAUCCCUCCGGGCCCUGCCCCUGCCGUGGCCACCUUCAGCCACGCCCCAAGCCAGCCUCAGGCAUCGCAGACCCUGACACCGCUGGCUGUACAAGCUGCCCCCCAGGUCUUGACUCAGGAAAACUUAGCCACAGUUCUGACAGGAGUUAUGGUUCCAGCAGGGGCAGUUACUCAACCUCUUCUUAUCCCCAUCAGUAUUGCAGGUCAAGUGGCUGGGCAGCAGGGGCUGGCCGUGUGGACAAUUCCUACAGCAACCGUGGCUGCCCUCCCAGGACUGACUGCUGCUUCUCCUACGGGGGGAAUUUUCAAGCCACCUUUAGCCGGUCUCCAAGCAGCUGCUGUGCUGAACACCGCUCUCCCGGCACCCGUGCAAGCUGCCCCACCAGCCCAGGACUCCUCGCCAGGCCAGCCCCGGCCACCAGCCCAGCCCCAGACGUUGUUCCAGACCCAGCCACUGCUGCAGACCACACCUGCCAUCCUACCGCAGCCCACUGCUGCCACCGCUGCUGCCCCCACCCCCAAGCCAGUGGACACCACCCCACAGAUCACCGUCCAGCCUGCAGGCUUUGCAUUUAGCCCUGGAAUCAUCAGUGCUGCUUCCCUUGGGGCACAGACCCAGAUCCUGGGCUCCCUCACUACAACUCCGGUCAUUACCAGCGCCAUCCCCAGCAUGCCAGGGAUCAGCAGUCAGAUCCUCACCAAUGCUCAGGGACAGGUCAUUGGAACACUUCCGUGGGUGGUGAACUCAGCUAGCGUGGCAUCCCCAGCACCAGCUCAAAGCCUGCAGGUCCAGGCCGUGACCCCCCAACUGUUGUUGAACGCCCAGGGCCAGGUGAUUGCGACUCUGGCCAGCAGUCCCCUGCCUCCACCUGUGGCUGUCCGGAAGCCAAGCACACCUGAGUCCCCUGCUAAGAGUGAGGUGCAGCCCAUCCAGCCCACACCAGUUGUGCCCCAGCCUGCUGUGGUCAUCACCAGCCCAGCUCCAGCAGCCAAGCCAUCUGCUUCUGCUCCUAUCCCCAUCACCUGCUCAGAGACCCCUACGGUCAGCCAGUUGGUGUCCAAGCCGCAUACUCCAAAUCUGGAUGAGGAUGGGAUCAACUUAGAAGAGAUCCGGGAGUUUGCCAAGAACUUUAAGAUCCGGCGGCUCUCCCUGGGCCUUACACAGACCCAGGUGGGCCAGGCUCUGACUGCGACAGAAGGUCCAGCCUACAGCCAGUCAGCCAUCUGCCGGUUUGAGAAGCUGGACAUCACACCUAAGAGUGCGCAGAAGCUGAAGCCAGUGCUGGAGAAGUGGCUGAACGAGGCUGAGCUGCGGAACCAGGAAGGCCAGCAGAACCUGAUGGAGUUUGUGGGAGGUGAGCCCUCCAAGAAGCGCAAACGUCGCACUUCCUUCACCCCCCAGGCCAUAGAGGCUCUCAAUGCCUACUUUGAGAAGAACCCACUGCCCACAGGCCAGGAGAUCACGGAGAUUGCGAAGGAGCUCAACUAUGACCGAGAGGUCGUGCGCGUCUGGUUCUGCAAUCGGCGCCAGACACUCAAGAAUACCAGCAAGCUGAAUGUCUUUCAGAUCCCGUAGGGCUCAGCCCCAGCCCUAUGUUCCAGCACUUUGUACUCUUCUUGCCUUGGCACCCAGCUGUCGCCAGUGCCGUGGCAGUACCUGUCAUCUUGCUACGUGCGGCUGUGCUUGCCCUUGGUCUGAGACUCCACUGUGUGCAUGUGCGUCGAUGCCUCCCUCGUCUUCCCCCCAUAUCUUCCAUCCUGGGGAGGGCAGAGGGACCUCCAUGAGAGCCCCAGUCUCUGGGCUGGGCGCGCCACAGGAAGGGAUUUGCAGUGAUUCUCAGAAAAGCACUUUGCUAGUAAGGUUUUGGAAAGGGGGAAUUCUGCCUGGGAACCAGAAGCUCUCUGUAUUUGGGGCAGAGCUGUAGCAUCUCGUGAGGACCCUCAGCCAUUAGCUCUUGUUUUCGAUGGCAUUCUCUUCCUUUUUCUCUUCUCCUAGGCUUCUCUGUUAGUGUGGUAGGUGUGACAGUUGAUCCAGUGGAAGCACAGCCUCACACUGCCCUCCUCACCUUGCCUACAGGUGCACUAAACCCCUGAAAGGAUCCAGGAGAUUAAAUUUAGAAAAGUGUGGUAUGCUGCUCAGAUGGUUGGACACAAAGUCUGACUGCAAGGUCAGAAGGUUCCCAAACCCAUGGGGCCAGAACAUGCGAGCUCCUCACUCAAGUUCCUUGGGAUGUGGUGAGGAUAUUGCACUAAAGCUGAAUCUUUUAUCUUGCAAUCCAUGUUGGGAGGAAGCAACAGUGAACUCUACCCAUCCUGAAGUUGUCCUGGGUCGGCUGCUGGAAUUUAGUAAGUGAGGCCAUCCUCCCAGAUUUUAAUCUAAUCUCUUCCCAUGGCCACUGCCCACAAAACAAGAACUCAUAGCCUGGAAAAUCAUCCCACUGUCCAAGCACGCAACCAGCUCUGAAGAAAAAUGAAAAGAAUACUGAGUUUCUGUCUCUUUUUCUUGUCCAUACUGAGCCCGAUCCCCUACGGGGGCCUUCUCAAAAGAGCAAAUGAAACAAAAGGCCAGGUAGCAAGGCUAUGGGCGGGAGAAUACCCAGAAGGAAAUGAUGGCCGCCCAGGGAAGUUUCUUCUGGAAGUUGACUUAACUCACAUUUUCAUUUUAACUUUGGAGAAAUCUCAUUUUGUUGGGUGGUGGAUUGGUCAUUGUGAAAGCAGUCCCCACAGUUGUCCUCUGGGUCAGGAUCUCGCCAGAUCAGGAUGAACCAGUUUGCCUCUAGAGGGGGUACCAUGUACAAUGGGAGUUGGCAUCUCAUCCAAACUGCUAAGCGAGCUGUUACCCUUUUUGUGGCUGGACAGCCCUUAAAAUUCAGUGUGUGAGCUAGGCGGUCAGGAGAGAACUAGGUUUGCGUGGAUCAGCCCAAACAUAUUGUAGAAGCUGUCCUUACAAGGCCACAAAUCCCAGGAGUGAACUACUCUUUCUCUACUUUCAUCCUUAUAGAGCCUGCAGUUUUCUUCCACUGCACUUACGAAACAUCCCCUGAGGUCGUGACCUCCGGGAAAGGGUACCUCAUCACCUCUGUUGGUCCCUGGCACAGAGCCACCUCCUAGCCUGGAUAGCUCUGCGGUGCUGUGUUUCCUCUUCUAGUUACUGAUGGUCUCUCCAGGGCCCUGCAGUGCUAGUGUGGCCGCCCUCUUGGUGCCCCUGCCAGGGGGAGGAUAGAUGUAUGUAUGCAUGCUGGUACCCUUCUGCAUUCAGACCAGCCAAGGGCAUGGUGGGCUGAAGAGGCAGGUGGGCAGCUUGCCUGAUCCAGCCUCCCAGGGGUGAGUGUGUCUCAAAGGGGAGGUGCCACACUCUGGAUCCUGGGCAUCAGCCCCUCUGUGAGAUGUCGACUCACUUGAGAGGGGUGUUAUACGCUCAUGUUCAGUAGGAGUCGUGACUAUGUCAGAGUUUGUCAAGGAGUUGGCAAAUCACACUUCAGUGAGUGAGAGAUGCAGGUUUUCAUGCUCAAAUGCUUGUAUUCAGAGGUGCUUUCUUUUGGGGGGGAGACAAAUCAGUUAUAGCUGGUGUCCUGGGAGUAGCAUAGCAAACGGUGUGGACAUGCAGGACAACACCAUCUGUCCUGUGGCCUGGCAGGAAAAAAAAAUCGUGAACCACUGGUCUAAAUUAGUCCUGGCUGUGUUUUCUCAGCCCUUCCCUCAUAUAAAUCUGUCUUCCCGAGGCUGGCUAAAACUAAGCUGUUUCUAUUCCUCUAACAGGAAGGUGGAUUGGUCUUUCAGAGAGAUGGGUGUUUGCAGGCCAGGUUCCCCAAGCGGUGGGGUACAACGUGUGUCUGAAGCAUACUGGAGGCCGUGCUUGCCACUGCACUAUGCUCUGCCCUUGCUCCCCUACCUGGGACCCUCAAAAAGCAGCUGGGGCCUAGGGCCACUUGCCAGUGAGGUGGGGUUUUUUUGUGGUGGUUUUUAUUUUUCAAUUAGUAUCAGGCUCUGAACUGAGUUGAUAUUACUUUGAUUUUGAAAGCCUCAUUCUGGCAUCAAGCCAGAGCUUGGUGGCUCCUUUGCCAUGGUAAGAUAGCGUGGGCAGAAAUGGCUAACUGUACAAUUUGUGUUUGUUUUGUUUUGAAGUGAAAGAAAGAACAAAACUUUCUAAGGCCUGCUGAAUCAGCUGAGGCCUUUGACCCUGCACUGACCACGAUAUUAUAUUCAGGCGAAGUCCAGGGAAGAAUUUGGUCAGAAGAAUUGAGGAACACACUUGAGUUUGCAGCGAGAAAUGCUGAUGUUUUUGUGUCCUUGGAAAGCCAGUCAUCUUCCUAUGCCCAGUUUCCUUUCCUGCCUCAUAGGCUAGAUUCUGACACUGGGGUUCUGACUGUCCCCAGCGCAGGGCAACACCUACCGAGGGCUGGAGGGAAUGGUGGGGAGGGGAGAAUAGGGAUGUAGUUGUGUGGAAUAAACAGUAUUUUUUCUUUUGUAA